CCGUGGUUGCGCGUUCCGGCGUAUGUGCGGGGGAGGAGCGGGGAAAUGGGCCUCGCCUGCGGGGUGUGCAGCUCCUCUGGGUUGUCCUUUGCAGGAUGAAGACCAUUCUCAGCAACCAGACCGUUGACAUCCCCGAGCAAGUCAGCGUUUCACUGAAGGGCCGGACGGUCAUCGUAAAGGGCCCCAGAGGAACCUUGCGAAGGGAUUUUAACCACAUCAACGUGGAGCUCUCCCUCCUGGGAAAGAAACACAAGAAGCUACGUGUUGACAAGUGGUGGGGUAACAGAAAGGAGCUGGCAACAGUUCGCACCAUUUGCAGCCAUGUCCAGAACAUGAUAAAGGGUGUUACGCUGGGAUUUCGUUACAAGAUGAGGUCAGUGUACGCUCACUUCCCAAUCAACGUAGUUAUACAGGAUAAUGGCUCGCUCGUGGAAAUCCGAAACUUCUUGGGAGAGAAGUACAUUCGCAGAGUGCGUAUGAGGCCAGGUGUUUCAUGCGCUGUCUCUCAAGCCCAGAAAGAUGAGCUGAUCCUUGAAGGGAAUGACAUUGAAUUGGUCUCCAAUUCAGCUGCCUUGAUCCAGCAAGCCACUACGGUCAAGAACAAGGAUAUCAGGAAAUUCUUGGAUGGUAUCUACGUCUCCGAGAAAGGAACAGUACAGCAGGCAGAUGAGUGAAACUCCACUAGUUGUCUGGAUCCUGAAA